GCGCGUUGGGGCUUUGCUCGUAGACUCGCUGAGCUGGAAAUUGGCUGGCACUUGGAAAUAACUAGAUUCAUAUGUAUUUUAUGGAGCUCAUGUUCUCUGGCAGCAGAACAGGCAGGCUCCAAUCAAGGGAGUGAAUCUGAAUUGUUUGUCUAGACUCUGGGUCAGGGGGUAAACACUCCCAUGAGGUAACCCUGGCCUGUGACUGGCCUCUUCUCCCCCUUGGUGAAGCAAUGGGCCAGAAAAUCUCAGGGAGUAUCAAAUCUGUGGACGUCCGUGAACCCCCUUACCAGUCAGUGAAGCGAGACCUGAGGGGCCCUGACUUCUGCCGGCCAGCCCGCCUGGACCUGUUGUUGGAUAUGCCACCAGCCCGGUCAGAGGUCCAGCAUCAGCAUGCCUGGAAUCCUGAGGACCGCUCACUGAACAUUUUUGUGAAAGAAGAUGACCGGCUAACCUUUCACCGGCACCCAGUAGCCCAGAGCACAGACUGUAUCCGAGGGAAGAUAGGCCAUGCCCGAGGCCUCCAUGUAUGGCAGAUUCACUGGCCCACACGGCAGCGGGGUACACAUGCUGUGGUGGGUGUGGCCACCGCUGAGGCCCCACUGCAUUCAGUGGGCUAUACAGCUCUCGUUGGCAGUAACAGUGAGUCCUGGGGCUGGGAUCUGGGGCGCAACAGACUUUACCAUAAUUGUAAGAACCAACCUGGUGUGACCUACCCUGCCUUUUUAGAGCCAGAUGAGGCAUUUGUGCUUCCAGAUUCUCUCCUAGUAGUUUUGGACAUGGACGAGGGCACUCUUAGUUUCAUUGUGGAUGGACAGUACCUUGGUGUGGCCUUCCGGGGGCUGAAGGGGAAAAAACUCUACCCAGUAGUGAGUGCUGUUUGGGGCCACUGUGAGAUCACAAUGAGAUACAUUAAUGGACUUGAUCCGGAGCCCCUGCCCCUAAUGGACCUGUGCCGAAGAUCAAUUCGAUUUGCCCUCAGUCGGGAACGCCUGCAUGAAAUAGAAUCGCUGCCUUUGCCUCAGUCUCUGAAAAACUAUCUCCAGUACCAGUAAGAAGCCUGAAGCCCUUCUGGACUCAAAAUAGACUAAAGCAAUGCACCCGGCACAAUGAAUUGUUUACAUCAGAAGCAAAGUCUCAGUGGACACUUGACCAUAAUUUAAUUUUUUAAAAUAUAUAUAUAUCUAUAUAUGUAUAUGGGGUAUCUCCCCCUUAAAUCAGUUCAACAGGACAGUGUGGGAGCUGUUAGAUAAUGUGAACAAUUGGGAUUUGUUAACUGACUUUGGAAAUAAAUGUAAGUUGCCAACAGUGUUUGCCAUCCUCAAAGGUGACCUCUAAAGCUGGGCACCUCAAUAGGGAGCUUAGAGAAACCAGUUAGCUCCCUGCCUUGAGGCUUUGCCUAACCAACCAAGACAGGGAAGCUAUCAGUGUAUUGAUUAAAAAGCAUAUUUUUAAUUCAAAAGAAUGAAUAAAACAUUUGGGCAGAAGACUUUCUAUCCUGUGCCCUGGUUUCAAAUAUAUUGAGGGUGAUUGUACAGAGCAGGAACAAAAAAAGAAAAACAAUUGCCUUUGAAUAAUGGAUGAUGAAAGCAGCUAAGUGCCAGUGUUCUAGUUAUUCCCAAGCACAGGCCAGCUUCUUCCGAGCUCUGCAUAAUUUGUAAGGAGUACUGGUCACCAUUUAGAGACUAGAGUGUGGUUCCUCUCUAGGGACUGAAAGGGCUAGCCUCCACAAAAUCAUUAAGGUGGCAAAUUAUUUUUGGCAGCCCUCCCCCCUCAUACUCUUCUUUCCCUUUAUUUCUCCCUUUUGAACCACCCCUCCCCCUAUUUAAAUACUAGUCCCCUACCUACUUCUUCUCUUGCAACCCCCUCACACCAGUCAAAGAGGAAGGAGCUAAUAAACUCAUCCUCAUUAUUUUCAUCCCCCCGGGGGAAGUUUGGAUUCUAAAAAGAAACCUGAGUGGGGCAAUGCUGAACCCAAAGGAAAAAAUGGUGGAAUUUCAGCUUUGGCAGCUGUUGGGGUCGAUAUUUGGAGGCAAGAGUAGGAGGAUGGGCCAUCUCUAUGACUCUCAAAUCACAUCCCCAAGGCCAGUGACCUGCCGACUUAAAUAUAGGGCCAGCCUUACAAUCACAUAUCUUUAUUAAAGUAAAGUAUUAUUUUUACUUUAAGUGAAUUCUAAAUUCUCAGCCUCCAAUUUCUAACAUAUGCUAAAAGAAUGUGUGUUCUAUUGUUUAUUUAUCUGUUUGGGAACCUUGGGCCUCUUGUAACUAGAAGGAUGAAAUGUUUAAGGUAUGUAUCAUCCUUCAUUUUCCAAGCUCAGUCCAUAUAUAUAUAAUAUACAUAUUAUAUAUAUUUUUAAGAUGCUGCUUCCUAUUUGCAUUUCUUACAUGUUUCAAAUUAUCUGCCUGGUCUAGUUUUUAACUGGAAAUUGUUGUAAUGGCGGGAUGUCAAAUAUUCAGAUGGAGCUGCCUUUGGCAUUUUUAAUGUGAAUUUACUGAUGAGUGAGAAGCGUUUCUAAUAAAGUCUGCUGUUCAGUC